UUCAUCACAUGACUUUAGGCGGCGUUUGGCAAUGACACACCUUGUUUAUACUGAGCUCACCCAAUCAAAGGCAGCAUUUGAUAAUUCCUGACGGAAAGACUAGUGCAAAGACGAUUGAUGAGUCAUUCGCAACGACAGAGCUCGUUCAAAGAAUAUCAACUUAUACCGCUCCAACGAAAUAUCCAAGAUACGUACUGUUCUGAGAUGGACCAGACCAAGGCUAAAUGCCCUUUAUUCGACGGAGGUAAAGCAACUGGAACAUGCGGAAAUMAGGCCCCUGAAACCAUAACCGUGGAAUUUUUGAAGAAGCACUUUGCUUUCUUUGACAAAGAGCAUGAGGACAUGGUAAAAGGACUUGCUGGUGGAUGCCCAGCAUUCAAGGAUGGCUGCCCCUUCAAGAAUUUGAAGGAUGUAGGAGAGUUGAAAGCAAAACUAGGAGAAAUGCGCGACCAGCAUAAAUACACUGCAGCCGGCAAAGCUAACUUCGACAAUUUUUUGGAGCUUCUCCAUGCAGCCGCUGGUCGAGAAGUCCUUAGACGUGGCCAUUGUCCUUUCUUUAAGAAUGGCUGUUGCUUCAAGACUGACAUGAAUGGCCAAUAUGUGGCCCCUGAAACCAUAACAGUGGAAUUUUUGAAGAAGCACUUUGCUGUCUUUGACAAAGGACAUGAGGACGUGGUAAAAGGACUUGGUGGUGGAUGCCCAGCAUUCAAGAAUGGCUGCCCCUUCAAGAAUUUGGAGGAUGUAGGAGAGUUGAAAGCAAAACUCGGAGAUAUGCGCGGCCAGCAUAAAUACACUGCAGCCGGCAAAGCUAACUUCGACAAAUUUUUGGAACUUCUCCAUGCAGCCGCUGGUCGAGAAGUCCUCAAACGUGGACAUUGUCCUUUCUUUAAGAAUGGCUGUUGCUUCAAGACUGACAUGAGUGGUCAAUAUGUGGCCCCUGAAACAAUAACCAUGGAAUUUUUGAAGCAUCACUUUGCUUUCUUUGACAAAGAACAUGGGGACAUGGUUAAAGGACUUGGUSGUGGAUGCCCAGCAUUCAAGGAUGGCUGUCCCUUCAAGAAUUUGAAGGAUGUAGGAGAGUUGAAAGCAAAACUAGGAGAAAUGCGCGACAAGCAUAAAUGUACCGAAGCCGGCAAAGCUAACUUCGACAAAUUUUUGGAACUUCUCCAUGCAGCCGCUGGUYGAGAGGUCCUUAAACGUGGCCAUUGUCCAUUCUUUAAGAAUGGCUGUUGCUUCAAGACUGACAUGAAUGGCCAAUAUGUGGCCCCUGAAACCAUAACAGUGGARUUUUUGAAGAAGCACUUUGCUGUCUUUGACAAAGGACAUGAGGACAUGGUAAAAGGACUUGGUGGUGGAUGCCCAGCAUUCAAGGAUGGCUGCCCCUUCAAGAAUUUGAAGGAUGUAGGAGAGUUGAAAGCAAAACUAGGAGAAAUGCGCGACCAGCAUAAAUACACUGCAGCCGGUAAAGCUAACUUCGAAACAUUUUUAGAACUUCUCCAUGAAGCCGCUGGUCGAGAAGUCCUUAAACGUGGCCAUUGUCCUUUCUUUAAGAAUGGCUGUUGCUUCAAGACUGACAUGAAUGGCCAAUAUGUGGCCCCUGAAACCAUAACCGUGGAAUUUUUGAAGAAGCACUUUGCUGUCUUUGACAAAGAACAUGAGGACAUGGUAAAAGGACUUGGUGGUGGAUGCCCAGCAUUCCAGGAUGGCUGCCCCUUCAAGAAUUUGAAGGAUGUAGGAGAGAUAAAAGCAAAACUAGGAGAAAUGCKCGACCAGCAUGGCCAGUCCAAAGUUGCUAAAGCUAAAGCUAACAAAGCUUUGCAAGAGAUCCAUAAGAGAACCACCGAAGAGACAGCCAAAGUUGGUCACUGUUCUUUUCUUCGYGGGAACUGUGAAUUCAAAACUGACCUGGAAGGCAAACCCAUACCGUAUACCAACUGAAUCAUGAAACAAAGCAUCACGUAAAACAUCACAUUUGACUUUUGGCUAAACAAUAAAACAAGCACGAAUUUAUUGAUUAAUAAAAAUGGGGAGAAUGAUAAGCACUUUUAAGUGAUGCAAUAAAAGAUAGCAUGCACA